AUGACAGGAAUACAGCUUGAGGAGGCUCAGCAUACACUUGAGUUGGAGAUGAAGGCAAGAAACAUGGGAACUGUGUAUCAGCAGCUUGAUAUUCAAAGGCAGCAAGCCACUCUUAUUCACAAGAUCAACCAGUUUCAUGGAUUACAGCAAGUCUUCAUGCUGAAGCUGCAUCUUGUGCUCUUCCUGUCCAAACUCUGUCAUAUUGAUAGUCCUGCUGGCUUUAAUGCCAAAAAUAUCAAGCUUUUUAUGCUCUUAGAGCUAGACAACAAUGCCCAAAGGACUUGUGUUUGUAUGCCAGGAGUUACAGCCAUGGAGUGGCAUAUAUAUGAGGCUGAGGCUCAUGAUUCCUUGCAGAAGUUUUGUUUGGGAUUAUGA